AACAUUUUAUGGAGUGCACGAAUAUAGUAUUAUGCGCUACACAUAGCAGCGUAAAAAUACUGUUAUACUAUGCUAGCAUCGUAGUAACAGCUACGAAGUAUAACUACUGAUUUACUAUGCUUAUAAUGUCAACUGAACAAAUGUUACUAAAACUUGGCAAACAGAUAAAGAGACAUACCGUUACCGCAUCGCAAACAUCUCAAACAGUAAGUUUUAAAACAGGGAAAGAAACCAACUAUACAAAUAUUUACUUUAGUUCUAGAAACACAAACUAGAAUGAAAACCACUCAUUCGCUCACAAUGAGCACAGUCGCGUCAUAAGAAUGCUCGUUGUUCCCGAACCUUAUGCUUUGUGAGGUCACAAUAGGUCUGUACUUAGACUAUACACGUGUGGUUAUAAGUUAGGCCAGCAGAAUCAGUGAGUUCAAGUCUUUAAAUAUGAUAAUGAAGUGUUAAAUUCAACGCAGUAAAAUGUCUUCUUGUAGUCAAUUUGUGUUUCCUCUUCAAGUCGCGUUGAACUUGCGGGAAAUGAACUUAAUGAGAGAACAAUCAUUACUGACUGACGUCACAAUCACUGCCGAGGAUCGAGAGUUCGAGUGUCAUCGAGUCGUUCUCGCUUCGAGUUGCCCGUAUUUCAAGGCAAUGUUUACAUAUGAUCUUCGUGAAAGCACAGAACGUAAAGUUACUUUACAUGGAAUCGAAGCCACUUCUUUUGCACAGAUCCUUAACUUUGCGUAUACAGGCACAUGCAUGCUUUCCAAGCAAAACGCUGCUGAUAUUUUCGUAGCUUCAGAUCUGUUCGGGAUUUUGUCUUUAAGAAACGCCGCUGAAAACUUUCUCAAGAAAUGCGUGGAUUUUUCAAACUGUCUCCAGAUCCUUCGUCUAUCGUCCAUGUAUUCCUGCCCAGAAGUAACGAAAAUCGCAAAAGAAUUUGCGCGUCAAAACUUCAUUGACGUCACUCAACAGAACGAAUUUCUUCAGCUCACCAUUGAUGACGUCAUUGAUUACCUCAACGAUGACGACAUCAACGUUGCUAGAGAGGAUUUGGUUUUUGACGCAGCUAUUCGGUGGUUACGUCAUCAACCUAACCCGACGAAUCUUACGCAACGAGUGUUGGAAUCAGUUCGUCUCCCGUUUGUUCGACCCGAAUAUCUAAAGAUUCAAUCAACAAUGGAAGUAUUGUUAAAUGACAAUGCACAAUGCUUACAAAAGAUAUCAGAGGCAAUAUCAUAUCACCAUUCUGAUUCAAACUGUGGAACUUUUUUAAACAAACAAAGAAAACCAAGGAAAAGGACAAGCAGAGAAGUUGUGAUGGUGUUUGGUGGGGAAACAAGGGCUGGUUCAACACAUGAAGCAUCUAAUGAUGUUAGCUACUACGAUCCAAUGACAUCAAGAUGGGACAGCAUCUCCAUACUACCUGGGGCUGUCAGUGCGGAAGCAUUCAGUGUUGUCUCACUCGGAUAUGAGAUUUAUUUAACAGGUGGAACAGUGAACGGCAAGGCAACGAAUAAAGUCACUGUGUUUUACACUUAUCUUAAUAAAUGGGUAAAGUUGUCCAACAUGUUGGUACCAAGGUAUCACCAUACAUGUACAGCUAUUGGAGACAUGAUUUAUGCUGUAGGUGGAACGAAUGGGAGUCGUUGUCUUGAUGACGUAGAAAGAUACAGGAGUGACGUAGAUAAAUGGGAAAAGAUAGAAAAGCUCGUGCACGCCAUCAAGUGUCCAGCCGUUGCCACGCACAAGGAGAAGUUGUAUGUGUUUGGGGGAUUCACCGAUAGUUACGUCAUAAGCCAGUCGAUACAGGUAUACACCAUCCCUGACAAAACUUGGACGAUUAUUUCAUCCUCGAUGAUCGAUUAUACUUGCGCGCACGCUGCUCCAAUCAACAGCAAGAUAUUCUUGUUGGGAGGAGGGUCGAAAAUCGUGAAAAUUUACGACACGGAAACUGACCAAGUAUCGAGAGUGUCAGAUAUGUUAGAGAAAAGAGACAACUGUGGCGUCACUGUUGUUGGUGGUAAAAUAUUUGUCACUGGAGGCGUCAGUGAGUCAUCAGGCCCUUCUUUGAUGACGUCAGAAUGCUAUUGUCCGUUACGUAACAAGUGGGAGAGGAUACCGGAAAUGCCACGCCCACUGCACAGACAUGGUUCGGUGAGCAUGCGGAUCCCGAUAUAUCAGAGGACGGAUCGUGUCUCGCCUCGAACGCCAAGAACAAUGACGUCAUCAGAAGAAGUGACGUCACCGGGCAUAACUUAAAUUACCAAUCUCUUAUGUGUUUGUAAUAUGAUUUUCGUAUUUUUUAUACAACCAUAUAUAUUUUAUAUUUACCCAAAUAAAUACACGUAUAUUUAUA